AACUAUGUCCCCCUUGGAGAUCGACAUCUGGUAGGAAGUCCUUAAUUAGAAUAUUCCUAGGCUGCUGCUCCAGAGAGCUGAUUAUGCAGCAAGAGGAAGAUACAGAGAAUUCAAUUUGUAUUACAAGGGAGUGAAUUGUUGCUAGCACAGAACAGAGACAAUCAAGAUGGUGUAUUGGAUUUUGAAUGAAAGCUUGUCAGUUCUGUUAUUUUUAUUGUGGUUGGGAAUGAACUUAUACCUGUUUAUUGACACAUUCAACUGGUAUGAAGAGGAGGAUGCCUAUCUUUAUACUCGGGUUAUGUUGGGUUCCACGCUUGCCUGGGCAAGAGCCUCUGCCACCUGCCUCAACUUUAACUGCCUGCUAAUCCUCUUACCAGUUAGUAGAAACCUGGUUUCAUUCUUAAGGGGAACAAGUUUUUGUUGUGGAGGAGUCCUGAGGAGACAACUUGACAAAAGUGUCACAUUUCACAAGACUAUUGCAUAUGGAGUAGCUGUGAAUGCAACCAUUCACAUCAUUGCACAUUUGAUCAACAUAGAGCGAUACCAUCUUAGCCAGUCAAAACAAGCAGGAGAGUUAAGCAGUAAACUGUCAGGCAUUGGCAAGAGCCCUAAUGAAUCCUACUUGAACCCAAUCAGGAACUAUGACAUGAAUACAAUAACUGAAAUACUCACAACCACUGCUGGAAUGACAGGUCUCCUGAUCACUGUGUCAUUAAUUCUGAUCAUGACUUCAUCUACAGAGAUCAUCACAAGGUCCUUCUAUGAGGUGUUCUGGUAUACUCAUCACCUGUUUGUUGUUUUCUUCAUUGGUUUGGUUAUCCAUGGGAUGGGUCAGCUCAUCCGUGGCCAGACCCCUCAGAGUUUGUUGCUGCACAAUGUCACUUACUGCAAAGAUCAUUAUUUGGAGUGGGAAACUUCAGGUCAAUGUCCUUUGCCACAGUUCUCUGGCAACGACCCUGUGGCUUGGAAGUGGGUCUUAUGCCCUGUGAUAUUGUACAUCUGUGAAAGAAUUAUUAGGCUCUGGAGGUUUCAGCAAGAGGUUGUCGUUACAAAGGUGGUGUCUCAUUCCUCUGGAGUUCUGGAGCUUCAUAUGAAAAAACGUGGCUUUAAGAUGGAGGCUGGUCAGUAUAUCUUUCUCCAGUGCCCCGCUAUCUCACAGAUGGAAUGGCACCCAUUCACUCUCACUUCAGCCCCAGAAGACGACUUUUUCAGUGUACACAUAAGGUCAGUCGGGGAUUGGACAGAAGCCCUUUUCAGCGCCUUUGGAGCAGAGGAGAAAACCUUUCAGGAGCCCUGGAAGCUGCCAAGACUAGCUGUGGAUGGGCCCUUUGGAGCAGCAGCAACAGAUGCGUUUCAGUAUCAAAUUAGUGUCUGCAUUGCAGCAGGAAUAGGAGUCACUCCUUUUGCUUCCAUUCUGAAAUCGAUUUGGUAUAAGUGCUGUAAUCUAAGCACAGGACUGAGACUGGAAAAGGUUUAUUUCUAUUGGAUUUGCCGAGAUCCAUCUGCCUUUGAGUGGUUUGCUGAUCUCCUGUGCUUGCUGGAAGCACAAAUGGCUGAGAAAGGGAAAGCCCAUUUUCUAAGCUAUCACAUAUUUCUUACUGGCUGGGAUGAAAGUCAGGCUACUCAUAUUGCCUUACAUUAUGACGAAAAGUUGGAUGUAAUUACUGGUUUGAAACAAAAGACCUUCUAUGGACGACCAAACUGGGACACAGAAUUCAAACAUAUAGCAGAAAAUCAUCCUAGCAAUAACAUUGGUGUUUUCUUCUGCGGACCUAAAUCUCUGUCUCAAACCCUUCGAAAGAAGUGCAGCUGGUAUUCCUCUGCUGAUCCAAGAGGUGUUCAGUUUUACUACAACAAAGAAAGUUUCUAGAAUCUAGACCUUUUGAAACAGAGCAUUUGGCAUUCUGUGUUUAGUAGAGGAAUUUGCUUUGUCCUUAAAUUGCAAACCUGAGAUUGCUUAGAGUGAGGGUGUGCUUUAAAAACAACAGCGCAGUAGUGGAGAGAAGUUCUCACCAGCUCAGUAGUCCCACCUAUUCUGAGUUAGACAAGUGCUAAGCAAACAGGUCACCUGAAAAACAAUCUUCCCCUCUCCUCUAUGAGCAUUAGGAUUAGCAAAUGGGACUUGGCUGUUUUUCUAUCAGCUUAUGGUAACCUGGAGGUGGAGUAUUUCAGUGGCAGCAUGAGUGUUGUAAAAUGCCCUCCCUGCUGAAAUAUGAGAGGUCCCAGAAGUACCUGUUUAGGCAAGUGUUCCUCUGAACUUGAUUUUUUUUAAAACUGCUUCAGUUGUUGUGCUUUUUAACUGGCUUGUUUUAUUGUGUAUUUUCAUUAGGGAUGUUUAAAUGCUCUGGUGGAAUUGUUAUUGUGUAUUUUAAUUAUGUUUAAAUUUUAUAAUUGAUUUUAUAGCUGUAAACCACUUAGAAGCCAUUUUUUCAUAUAAGCGUUAUAUAAAUCAAUAAACAACAGCAGCAACAACAAUAAUAAUACAUAUAAAUGCUAAUACAUUUAGAUCAUGCUUAGAAUAAAAAAGUGAUGGGCAGAACCUCAGUUCUCCAGUCCCACCAUCUAGGCACAGCACAUUAACAACAACAACAA